ACAAAUUCAAGUGAAACACAUAUUGACAGUCUUUAUCCUCUCCUGUAAGAUUUCACUGUGAGAUAUUGAAGUCUAGUCUGUUCUUAAAAGCUUUAGUCAUGCCGCGGAGAGAUUUUGACAACUUCAGUAGCUCAUCGAGAAUUAUUAUAAAAUACCAUUUCGGUUUCUAAUUAAUAGUAAUGAUAGAUAUUGAUACAAUAACUGUACAUAUGCCAUAAUACCAGUUCAAGGACUGUUAUCAUGACAGGCUUUUGAAUUCUUAUAGUAGCUAGUCGUUACUUUUAUGAGAGUGCGUGUGUUUCAAAACCUCGCUGCCUGCUGCUUAGACAGCUCAGAAGGUUUGAGACACAGCCGGUAUUGAUUUCAUCUGUGCUUGCGUCUAAUUUAAGGAUGUUGUCUAAUCGCACCCUGAUGUGCACACUCUGCAGAGCCCAUAGCUGUAUGCUGGUGCAGACGCGGAUAAUCUAACACCUAUUUUUAUGCGAAAAAUACAUAAAGAGGUCAGGCUUGUCUAACUGACGUCAGUGAGAUAUCACUCAGUCACCAGACGUGCGUUAUUUUUUCAUUGGUGGUCAUCAUGACAUCAUUAAAUACCGGAGAGGAAUACCGGGAGACCUCAGAGGUUUUGGUUUAGUGAUGAGGAUUUCCUGUCGGAUGCGGCAAACCGGCAUCAUUGUUCAGCAGAUAUUGUAACUGAGAGCUUGGAGUGGUUCUGGAAGGACUCUAUCUGUAAAUUAAAGCCAUGGGGAAGGAUUACUAUAAGAUCCUUGGCAUACCUUCAGGCUCUAAUGAGGAUGAAAUCAAAAAAGCCUACAGGAGGAUGGCCCUAAAGUUUCAUCCAGACAAAAACAAGGAUCCUAAUGCUGAAGAGAAGUUUAAGGAGAUAGCAGAGGCUUAUGAGGUUCUGAGUGACCCAAAGAAGAGAGUGAUCUAUGACCAGUAUGGUGAGGAUGGUUUGAAAGCAGGUGGCACAGGCUCAUCUAGUGGACAAGGGACUACAUAUCACUACACUUUCCAUGGGGAUCCACAUGCCACCUUUGCUUCUUUCUUUGGAGGCUCCAACCCCUUCGAUAUAUUCUUUGGCUCUGGACGCCAGCGAGGAACGACUAAUGGUUUUGCAGACCAUGGUGACCAUGACAUGGACAUUGACAUGGAUGGAGAUGAUGAUCCUUUCAGUUCCUUCAGCCACUUUGGCUUCAAUGGUAUUAAUGGUUUUCAUCAUGGUGGAGGUCGAAGACAUCGUAAUGAGCAACUUCAUGGUGGCCGUAGGAAAGUGCAGGACCCUCCGGUGGUACAUGAGCUUAAAGUGUCUCUAGAGGAGAUCUUCCAUGGAUGUACCAAGCGGAUGCGAAUCACUCGCCGACGACUGAACCCAGAUGGAAGGACAAUGAGGACAGAGGACAAGAUCCUUAACAUUGUCAUCAAGAGAGGCUGGAAGGAAGGGACCAAGAUCACCUUCCCCAAAGAGGGUGAUGAGACGCCUGAGAACAUUCCUGCUGAUAUUGCAUUUGUGCUCAAGGACAAAGGGCACCCACUCUUUAAAAGGGAUGGCUCCAACAUCAUUUACACAGCCAAGAUUGGUCUUAAGGAGGCUUUGUGUGGCUGCACAGUGAACAUUCCCACCAUUGACAACCGAGCGAUCACAUUGCCCUGCAACGAUAUCAUCAAACCAGGCACAAUCAAGAGACUGCGUGGAGAAGGCCUGCCUUUCCCAAAAAAUCCAUCCCAGCGUGGGGAUUUGAUAGUGGAGUUCCAGGUGCGUUUCCCAGACAGAAUACCACCUCAGUCCAAAGAGAUCAUCAAACAGCACCUACCACAGUCUUAGAAGAUGUUCAGUGGAAUUACUUUAUGCUUGCGUUUUUCAAACACACGUUUUCCUUAAAAAUACAGACACUGAAUUUGAAGAGGGACAAAUAUGUCGCAAGGACCAGAGGCUCAUUUGAUAUUUUGUUACAGUUUUAAUUAAUUUAUUAUCAAUUUCACUGAACAUAUGGAACGCCGAUUUUUUGUUUUGUUUUUUGGACAUGUUUUGAACUUUUUUUUUUUUUAAAUAAUCUUUUAUUAUUUCCCUUUAACAGUUUUUAAUCUCUGUAUUAAUAUGUUGAAGGCAAACAGUUAUAAAGAAAAACAAAAUGACUGGAUGGAAGGUUAAUAUUUUUGGUGCAAUGAUGGAGAUGUGGACGAUCCAAAAACAACUGGCUAUUUAUUCUGAAUUUGAAUCUGUGUUGUUUUGUAGCAGAUUAAACUCUUUUCCAAUGUAAUAACUGAUAAGCUUGUUUUGAAUGUUGAUCAUGUAAGACAACUAAAGUGUUGAGACUUCUGGAUUUUUAGGAAUUUGAGCACCAGCAGAGACGUUCGGCAAGGAUUUGAUAUAUUUCCACCCAUCUAUACAGGUGCUUUCUGGUAAUUUUUGAAGUACCAGGUAAUGGUAUUUCUGGUAAACAUUUAGUGGUGUGAUUUUUUUAGAUCACAUAAAUUUUGAGUGCCUUAAAAUGGCUCAAACCAGCUGUUUUAUUUUCAUUAGCAUAGACAUAAGGGUAUUAUUGAAACAAAUCAGAUUAUUUUGUAAUUUCAGGACCUUAAAUAAUCACGGUGCUCGUAACAUGUCAUUGUUUCUGUGGAACACAUGAGUUAACCAGAAGAAUGUCCAGGAUGUUUUUCCAAAAAAUAAAAGACUAAAACAUAUAAAACAAAUCAAAGAACAAAAAAUAUAAUGGCCACCAUAGACAAUAUCUUAUAUAUCGUAUGUGUGCAGUCAUAUUUGUCAAUCCAAGUUAUAUUAUAGGUUACAUACAGUUAUUUGGCACUUCACAUGGAUCAUACAAAACAAAAAUCUUUGACCUAGACCGUCUUGGUCAUGUGUACACAACAUUUUACAAUUUGGUCUAACAAAUUGUCCUUAUUAACAGUUCUUUAUUGUUUUAACCGAGAGAAGGAAUGUUUCAGUGAAUGAAUAAUAUAAAUUCUGGUCUGUUCCUGUCAGGUUUUUUUUUUUUUUUUUUUGUCAGAAUUUGACAGUGAAAAUUCACUUUCAUUAUAUAGAAAAGAACAGCCUGGUCAUUCUGUUAAAUAACACAUUUUGUGUCCCAUGGAAAAAAUAAUAUGGACAAUAUAAUUGUUAAAUGAUCAUUGAAGCAAGUAACUAUUGGAAAAUGCUCAUUUGUUUAUAUUAGUAUACACACCACACCAUACAUUAAAAGACACAAACAUCCUCCAAAGUGCAGCAUUGCAGUCUCAGUAUAUUAAGAUGAAAAUGCCAUUUUGUAUUCCUAUGAGCAAAUGAAAGUGAAUGAAAAACUGUUGCUCAAUGUUGAUUAGUGUUUGAAGAUCGGUCGGUGUGAAACUGAGAACUGUGAUGUCAAAAGUUUUUCUUUUUUGAAAUACAGAUCUUCAUUGUUCAGUAACCACCGCUACAAAUAUUGCAAACUUUUUUUAUGAAGUUAUGAGGGAUUGAUUUGUUUUUCGAACAGCUUUUUACUACAUACUGUAUUUCACACUUUUAAAUGUGUGCAAUGUGAAAUAAAUUGCAAUAGUUGUCUGUAUUUUAGUUUAGGUUUAUAUAAAGCACAGAGUCUCCUUUCAAUGGAUUUGUGAUGUACCAUCUUUCUACGGUAACAACAGCCUUUGAGUAACAGCACUUUCUAUAUAAGCUACAGUUUCCCGGGAUCCAUCCAGGAUAUCUCUUAUACAGUCAUAAAGGCCUGUUCACACCAAGAACAAUGACUAUAAAGAUAAUGAUAAAAAUACAGUUCUAAAAAUCAUUUUAAAUAUAAAAGAAUAGCAGAGUCCACACCACAACUCUAACAUUAUCGUUGAGAUCACUUUCAGAUUUUUUUCCAGCUGAUAAACGAUAAAAACAUUGACAGCCAAUCAGAAUCCAUUCUGCUUUAAAGAGCUCGAGCAUUUAAAGUGGCAGACGACAAAACUGCAGCACUGGCUUAGAAUAGCGGACGCUAAUGUAGAUAUCAUUAUAGUUAUCUUUAUAGUUAUCGUUCUUGGUGUGAACGGGCCUUAACUAUGUCAUUUAAUCAUUACUGUAUUUGGUGAUAAAUUGAAAGAACACAACCUUUUUAAAGACUGGUGUAAAAUAGUUUUGUUAUGUGCUGUAAGGAUUGUUAAACCAUUGUAUUCAUGGGACUUUUGAACAUCCAGCCACUUCUGUUUGAAUUUGAACGUCAGAUUUGAAAUGUCUCAUGUUUAUGACUUCUGUCCUCAUGUAUAAAUAUCCAGCUCCCUAUGUCCAUCGGGAGGAUAAAUCAAUGCAGAAAGCAA